UAAAGAGGCGAUUUUGUCUCCUCGCUUCCACACUCACCCUCGAGCUCCCUUGGGACAACUGCCGACCGCUUCUGCACGUCAAUCUACAUCAACUUUCACUUCUUAGACAUGAAGGUGUUCGUUUUCUCGGUUUUGUUGGCCUUGGCUUCCGCUGCGCCGCAAGGAAGGGAUGAUCUGUCGAAACUAGAGGAGGAAACUCAAUAUGUGCCGCAACCCUUCGCCUACAACUACAACAUCGCGGACGAGAUCGGGGCGGUGCGGGCGGCCCACGUGGAGGAGGGCGACGGCGACGGCAAAGUCCGCGGCUCCUACUCCUACGUGAGACCCGACGGAGUCCUGCAGACGGUCAGGUACAUCGCCGACGAGGACGGCUUCCGGCCCGAGAUCCUGGAAGAGGCGGCGCCGGGCUUCGAGCUGGCCAACCCCUCCGGCACGUCCAAGUUCACCGUGCAGCUCCCCCACGCGGAGGAGUUCGGCGUGGAGCUCUCCGCCGAAGAGUACGAGCAGUACAAGGAGGCUGCCAGACUGAGAGAGCUUGAGGAGCAGAGCCAGAAGGAGAACCAGAGUUAGGGCUUAGAGCUUAGAGCCAGGGAUUGGAGACUGGAGCUUAGGUUUGAGCCAGAGCUACUGUAGAGCCUGGGUUCAAGCCUGAGCUAUAGUAGAGCCUGGCUGAGAGCUUAGGUUCAAGCCGGAUCUACUGUAGAACCCGGGUUAGUGCUUAAGUUCGAGCCGAGAGCUACAGCAGAGCUCAUCAAAUACAACAAUAAGCUAGAGUUAAGGACUAAAAAAAAAUAAUAAAAAAGAGAUCGCGCGCUUGGGCACAUCAUCAAUUUCUUUACCAGGCCAGGGCCGUCCGCGGGAAACCGUAAGCUCAUCAGAAUGAUUCAUCAUCUUCUUCAUAAUUUUCAACUUCACAUCUUUUCCCAUUUCCAUCCACGAUGAUCAAACUGCACAACGAAUUCGGAAAUACGACGGGGACUUGCCUGAGAAACCGCCACCAUUUUCCUCUUCGUUAUGUGUAUUGCGUUUAUAUGUUAAGUCUCGUAGUGAUGUAAUGACGGCGUUACGCUCCGUUACACUGUGAUAUGCCUGUUUUAUCAUAGUUUAAACUAUUAAAACUAUCAUAAAAAUA